AUGUUUCAACGUUGUCAAACGAAUGGUUUUGUCACUUGGAUCAAAUCGGGAUGGCUAUUGAUCAUGGUUUCACUGAUUCUUAUGAAUAUGGAAUCCAUGAUUCAAGCAGCUAGUCCAUUGCCAGUGGUGUUGUGGCAUGGCAUGGGAGAUUCUUGUUGUUUUCCAUUUUCAAUGGGAAAAAUUGAAGAUACUAUCAGAUCACAAUUUAAUCAUUCGAAUAUAUACAUUCAUAGCAUUCGUAUUGGUUCCAAUGAUGCAGAAGAUGUUGAAAAUAGUUAUCUCAUGAAUGUCAACAAACAAGUUCAAAUGGUGUGUGACACCUUAAAGAAAGAUCCAAAUUUACAAAAUGGAUUUAAUGCCAUUGGAUUUUCUCAAGGAUCUCAAUUUCUGAGAGCAUACGUUCAACGAUGCAAUCAACCAAAAGUUCAUAAUCUCAUUUCCAUUGGAGGUCAACAUCAAGGUGUGUAUGGACUUCCAAAAUGCAUUGGUGUCAAUCAUACCUUGUGUGAAUACGUUCGUGAAAUGUUGGAUAUUGGAGUGUAUUGGGAAUGGAUUCAAAAUACACUCGUUCAGGCAGAAUAUUGGCAUGAUCCAUGGAAUGAAGCAGAAUUUAUUGAGAGAUGUGUGUUUUUACCUGACAUUAAUAAUUAUCGAGCUGUGAAGAAUGAGACCUAUAAGGCGAAUUUGAGUUCCUUAAACAAGUUUGUCAUGGUCAAGUUUUUGUUGGAUUCCUUUGUGCAACCGAUCGAAUCGGAACAUUUUGGGUUUUAUAAACCUGGUCAAGAUAAAGAGGUUGUGAAAUUGAGGGAUUCACAGCUGUACCAAGAAGAUUGGUUGGGAUUGAAGAAGUUGGAUUUGGCAGGUCGACUCGAUUUUUUAGAAGUCUAUGGCGAUCAUUUACAGUUUACACUGGAAUGGUUCAUCGAUAAUAUUGUGAACCCUUAUUUGAAGAACUAA